UGUCUAAUUAAAAAUUCGACUAUAAUUAAAAAUACGACUAUAGUGACGUGUUUACUGUCAAAUAUUAAUUUUACAAAUUUUUAAUCUCAAGUCACAGUCAAGUAAUAUAUAUCCUGUGUAAAUAUUACUACAAUUCACAUUAUCAUAAUAAAGUUAAAGUUUACCUUUUCGAAGUAUUUAGAGACAAAUAUUAACAAUUUAAGGCAUUUAUAUAUUUUGUUCGUUCUUAUUUAUUGGCUUUAGAUUGAUUUUACAUAAAAUAGUUAUAAAGUAUAUAAUCCUUUAGUUUCUAACAAAAUGAUAACAUUAUGGAAUUUAUUUGAAGCAAGUCUUCUAUGUUUAAAUGCUGUUUGCGUUCUUCACGAAGAAAGAUUUAUGCAAAAAAUGGGCUGGGGAACCAACACACAGCAACAAGGUUUUGAAGACCAAUCUACCAUAAAAUAUCAGAUAUUAAAUUUAGUUCGUUCUAUCAGGACGGUUACAAGAAUUCCACUUAUUAUCCUAAAUAUACUAACUAUACUUUUUAAAUUACUCCUAGGAUAGCAAAUAUUACUAAGAAGUAUAUUUUAUAUGGUUAAACACAUGAAAUUGCUUCCUAAACGCAAGAAUUCAAUACAGUGUGAUAUUGUUUUGUAUUAUUUGUAAGUAAAUUGUAAAAACACUU